CACCUUUUAGUAGCCGAUUUGUUAACUUUUAAGGUUUUGUAAAACUUAAAAGGCGUUUUUUAAUAGACACAUCACAAUUUUGCACAUAUUAAUAGGAACUGUUUGCUUGCUUUUUUUCGAAAAUUUACUUUUCCUCAUGUUUCAGUAGAAGCGCCCUACAGUGCAUGUCCAAGUGUUUGUAAAAAUUAUUUUUGAAAAUAUAUUUAUUUCGCGUUGAGGCAGCACCGAUCAUAUAGAGCCAAAACCACACCUUUUCAUAUAUCAGUAUUCGUACCCGUUACGCUAUUUUUUUUAUCCAUAUAUUGUUCGUUUUUCUGGAGCCACCUUUUACUACACUACUUAACACACCUGCCAUUCGCUUCCGAGUGAACAUCUCCAUCUGCAAUAAAUCACAGCUAGCCAUUUUGAUCUACACCUUUUUGUUUGCCACCCUGCGCAACGCACACAUGAACACACGCGCGCAAACCAAGAGCAACCUCAAGAUGAACCAACCGGCUGACAUAAAGUACCAAUUCACGAAAACCAAAAUUUGCAGACACUUCCUAGAAAAUAGGUGUGUGAAUAAAGACAACUGCAAUUACGCUCAUGUGCUGGAAGAAUUAAGACCUCUACCCAACUUACAAAAUACCAAACUCUGCAAAAGCGUUAAGAAAAAAAUCCCCUGCUGUAACCCCAACUGUAAAUAUGCUCACAAAAUUGAGAAGCUGCAACCCAGUACUGACCUUGCCACCUACAAAACUACACUGUGCUAUUUCUGGAAAAAGAAAAAAUGCAUGAAUCAGGAUAAGUGCAGAUUUGCUCAUGGGAUUGAAGAAAUAAGACCUUUACGAAUACCAAAGGAAGGGAAAACUGAAAGGGCAUCUCUUCCGCUGUCCGAUACUGACUCCAGUUUAGGCACACAACAGCAUCAGCAGAAGGGGAAGCCGAGCGCCAAACGGACGAAAGAGGGGGGCAUGCUGCCUGGCAAAAAAUGGGGCAAGCAGUGGGAUCGAAGGGGGGGCAACAUGUGGGGAAGAGAUGCAGGCAGGGGUGGGGGCAAGCGUGAAGGUAAAGUGUGGGAAGAUCGUAGCGGUGAUAUGUGGGAAGAUCGUAGCGGUAAAGCGUGGGAAAAUCGCAGCGGCAGCAAAUGGAGCAACGAACGAGACAGCAACAGAACCACCCAGCGAACCGCCGAACGAACCGCCGAACGAACGAACCAGAGAGACAACUUCCUACUGGAAGAAGAAAGAGUUCCAAAUAUCCUAUCCAACAUACACCUAUUCGAGAACAGCCCAGUGAUGGAAAAUGACCUAUUCCAGCUGAAUGAUAACUUUUUAAAUAUAUGUAACAGUGUGAGCUUGGACAGCGACGCGCUUUACACCCCCCCAGGAGAGACCUAUUCUAGCGAACACGAGCAGAAGGAGUCGGAUGAGAACAACAGUUGGGAAGACUCCGUUGUAGAUCUGAAUUUUCUAAACUUGGAUUACCUUAAUGAUGAGGAAGACGUUGCAAAAUAUGAAUUGUUUCGGGGAAGUGGCCUUGACAUAAAUCUGGAGAACCUCCAAGCCCUAAGUAUGCAAGUAAAUCACGACGCAUACACGGGUAGAAGUUUGGACGCCAAUAUGUGGAGUAUAGAAGAAGGGGAGGUUAACAGAAACUAUGGCGUAGGAGGAGGGAGACAUCCAGAAAUAAGCCAAAGUAACAACCCUAAUGUGUUUCUAGAUGCAAGUCCAAACGAAAGUGAAAAUGUACUUGCCAGUGGUCAGAGUGGGAAUAACGAACAAAAUAUGGAGAGAAAUCAAGGCAUAAUUUCCAACCAACUUAAUAUCUUCAAUGCGCAGUCGAUCGAAGAGUUGUUUUCAUUCGAUGCUACUUCCUCAGAGAAACUGCUGAGCGACUCGGAAUUUUUUGCCCAAUGGUGUAAAAGUAUAAAGGAUAGAAGUUCGAAGCAUUAUAAUAGCUUAUGUUUAUCCUAG